GGCUCCUCUCUCUCAGGUUCGGACGUAUCCCUUUCGCCGGCACGGUUGAUUGUUGUUAUGAACCAGCACAAAAAACAAAGCUGCAAAUUAUACGCCAGUGGCGGUACCACGAUCAAAGCAUUCCUUGAAUCACAUUAGCCGAGCCAGCUGGCGGAAGCAUAUGCAUAAAGGUUACUAGGUUACAAUUUUCAACGACAACUAUUUAUUUAUUAUACUGCUUCAAAUAUCUUCGACGAAAUCAAAUGUAACCAUAUCAACGUAAGUAAUAACAUAAACAAAUCCAAACUUUCCGUCAUGGCAUUCAUCAUACGUCUUUUCUAAAUAGUGUAAAUUACGAGCCACCUGUUAACUCCACCAUCUUGGUGAAGACAUUCAAAAAUAUGUACAGUGAUACAAACUCGAGUUCAUACCUCCACAAUGCAGAUCUCUUUUCCCUUCUAUUGAAAGCCCAAAGUAAGCUUAUGGAACAUAAAAUAAGCUUUGGGACAUUCUGUUUAGAUAAAAACAUACUGUUUUAUGAGAGUGAAAAGGAUUGCUGUAUGUUUUCAGAAUAAUGGUUUUUAUUUCUCUAAGAAUGGCGAAUGUAUGUGCAGAUGUAUCAAAAUUGACUCAAAUUAAUAUUCGUACGGUGGUUGAAAUUUCAGUUUUGAUUUCGAAGGAAUUGAUCAAUUUCAGAAUUCCACCUUUAGUGUGGUAACCAUUGUUCAUUGCAACUGUCUUUAGGUGCCUUUCGCCGUUAUCUGCGAGUUUCUUUGGUGUAUUCGGUAGGAAAAUUCAUCCAUUAAUUCAUCAAUUAGUUUUUAAAGUCUGUUGGAGAGUUAUCAUCCACCCAACACUACAUCCCUGGAUUGAUGAAACCAUAACCGCUCAGAGAACAACAGAAAACAUAAGAGCUACAACGAUAUGGAAACAACAGCAAUACAACAACGAGAGUGCGCUCGAUCGAGAACGGCAGUGAGUGCCGUAAAUGUGUGUGGUGUUUUGUUUUGGUUUUCGUCAAGUGGAUAAAAAUAGGAAGAAAGCAGAGAUAGAUUGUAGAGUAGAAGAAUAGAUGUAUAGUACCGUAGAAUAGUCUGUUGAGUGUAGUUCGUCGAUAAUUCAAAUUUGAUUUUGCUGUAAAAUAAAUGUAAAUAGUCCUGUAAAUGAAAAUAUAUGUUGUUUUGUGCUAAUUCAAGUGCGUGGUAUUUAUUGAACGUUUGAAUUGUGUGAUUUAUCGCACACCCAAUACGAGUGUUCGUCCACCCACCGCCCGUUGGAAUACGGCUUAACUGGAAGGAUUCUGGGUGGAAUUGAACAUUUAUGGUCCUUCGAACCGGAUCUGGAACCGUCUGGAGCACUGACUAGUGGAAGUCACCGAAUCGAUCCGUCUUCAUCAUCAUCGCUAUUGUGGAAAGGAUCUAAAUAGCACUGCGGCCAUUGGAAUCAGCUACACAAAGCAACAUAUUGGAGGAGAACAAUACGCUGGACAUUGGCAACAUAUUUUUUUGCUCAGGUUAGUGAGAACAAAUAAAUAUAUGUCCGGUCGAAGCUAGCGCACUAUUUGGUACUAACACGGAGUUAUUCUCGGUACUGUGGACCCGCCAAAAUUACAUUCUACGGAAUUGGAGCGCGCUGACGAGGGCUGUCACCUUUGGAAAAUUAAAUUGUACGAGCCGAUACACCGAAGAUUGAUCGACUCCGGAUACCUGCUGUUAGAGAGGAGCAUAAAAAGAAAACAUCGACACCACUACCACCCACAACGUCAUAUUCGAGGAGGACAGUAGCAUAAUACGACAUAUGAGAUAAGAAGAGGAAGUGCAGCUAGUAUUUUGCCUGGGUGAGUGCAUAGAGCAGUAUAUGUGCCGAAGCUAGGCAAGAUUAAUACACCAUUUUAAAUAAAUAUAUCCUCUUCGACUCAUUCCUACACACUGAUCCCUGCGAGAAUAUUGGUAUUUGGCUGUUGAUUAUUCGCUGCUGUUGAGCAUAAUCAACUUAUCGUUUGGAAUUGGUGCGACUAUUGUUUCUGUGGGUGAGUUGGAACGGUAUAUGUCCGCCGAAGUUAGUUUACGGAAAACUACAUAGCAUACCUCUCUUCUUCUCCCAACCCUUGGUCCUGUCGGAGCGUGAAGAUCAUUAUUUCUUGUGACGAUCAAGGAUUCAACGUUGCGCUGUUGCAUAUCAUAAUUAUUUUGGUGCACACGUUUACGGUUUAAGGUAAACUACACUGGUAUAUGCCUAGCGGAGCUAGGACUUCGAUCGAUUACUACCAACACAUUUCAUCCCUUUUCACUAACGGUACCGAUAACGUGAGAUCAACAUGCCACCAAUGAUACCCGCUGCCAAGAAGGCUCCUUCGCUGAAGCUGCUCAUAACGAGGUUGAACGAUGUCCAGGCUUCCUUCAACGACAUCUGGCGUUUCGUGGAGGACUAUGAGGAAACGUCAACGGUUACGGAUGUUGACAUCCGUUUAGAGAAAAUUGAUGAACUGUGGGAGAAGUUUUGUGACACUUUAGUUGAGAUUAGGGCACAUGAGGAUUAUCUCGCGGAUGAGGAAUCAUACGAUAAGGAACGACAGGAGUUCAGUGAUAGGUAUUAUCGAGCCAAAUCAUUCCUCGUAGACAAAUCCAAAAGGUUGCAGGGUCCAUUGGUACUAGAGCAGUCCGUCCGAACAAACGAGUCAGUUGGUUUUGGUGCUGAUCGUGUGCGUCUUCCUCAAAUAAGUCUACCGUCGUUCAAUGGGGAUAUAGAUGAGUGGCUGAGUUUCCGUGACCUCUUCACUUCGCUCAUCCAUUAUAAAACUAAGUUGCCAGAUCGCCUGAGAAAUGUUGUUGAAGCGGCUUGACAAUAGUAAACAGUUGCGGAAGCGUCAAGUUCAAGCACUAUUUCAUCUUCCAACAUUGACUAGGGAAUCGGUCAGCGAACUUCACACUCUACUAGAGGGAUUCGAGAGGGUCGUGAAAAAUUUGGAUCAAGUGGUAGAACCAGAGGACUACAAGAAUCUAUUGCUGGUUCAUAUACUCACAGCACGACUCGACCCAGUAACACGUAGGGGCUGGGAGGAAUUCUCGUCGACUAAGGAACAAGACACGCUGUCUGAUUUAACGGAUUUCAUUCGGCGGCGUGUUCAAGUACUCGAAUCUCUUCCCAGUAAAUCGGUGGAUUCCAGAGGACCACAACAGUAUUCGAAACUAAGACCGGCGUCUACAAAGGCAAGUUACAGCAGCGUGCAUGGUUCCGAAGCACGUUGUGUGGCAUGUAAAGGAGAUCAUCCGUUGUAUCAGUGUCCAGUGUUUCAACGUCAAGAGGUAGCGGAAAGAGACGCAUUAUUGAGAACCCAUUCGCUCUGCCGCAAUUGCUUCAGGGUAGGACAUCAGGCGAAGGAUUGCAAAUCAAGGUUUUCCUGUCGGACUUGCAAGGGUCGGCAUCACACGUUGGUCUGCUUCAAGAUCGAUAGAGAAGGUUCCACGAAAGUUACGGUGGUCGCAAGGGGCAACCAUCAGCAGCAUAGCAAGGAAACAAGGUCAUCGGCAUCAAGUUCAACACAAACAGCAAACGUGUCAACUAAAGCGGUUUGUUCUGCGCAGCAGUACUCAUCCCAGGUGUUACUGGCUACGGCUGUUGUCAUAUUGGUGGAUGAUAGCGGUCAGAGGUUCCCCGCCCGAGCAUUAUUGGACUCAGGGUCCGAAAGUAAUUUUGUUUCCGAACGGUUGAGUCAGCGGAUGAAUGUCAACCGAGAAAGGGUGGACAUAUCGGUUCUUGGAAUAGGACAAGCAGCGACUCAAGUCAAACACCGAAUUCGAGCGAUGGUACAGUCACGAGUUUCUGAAUACUGCCGAGACAUGGAUUUCCUAGUUUUGUCGAAAGUCACGGUGAAUCUUCCGACCUUGACGGUGAAUACAAAGGGGUGGUCGAUUCCAAAGGGCAUUGAACUGGCCGAUCCUGCAUUCUUCCAAUCCAAGGGUGUGGAUAUCGUUUUAGGUAUAGAAGCUUUCUUAGAAUUUUUUGGAACUGGUGGAAAGAUUUCGUUGGGUGCCAGACUGCCAGCAUUGAAUGAGUCAGUCUUCGGCUGGGUAGUAUGUGGAGGCUUGUCGGUACCAAGUCAAUCCAUUCAGGUCAACUGCAACAUAUCCGCUUCGGGAAGUUUGGAGUCCUUGAUUGCUAGAUUUUGGGAAUGUGAAGAGAUUGGAUCAACAAAUCAUUAUUCACCGGAGGAAGUUCAAUGUGAGGAACAUUUUAAGCGAACGGUAAAGCGUGAAAUGGACGGUCGAUAUACAGUGGCUUUGCCCAAGGACGAUGGCGUUCUGAGCAGACUAGGGAAAUCCGAGGAAAUCGCACUACGUCGACUUCAGGGAACGGAAAGAAGAUUAUCACGCGAUUCCAACUUACGGGAUCAGUAUUUGGCUUUCAUGCAGGAAUAUCUUCGACUCGGUCAUAUGCUUAAGGUUGAAAAAGUUUCUGGUGAGGUUCAACGGUGUUAUUUGCCUCAUCAGCCGGUAGUCAAGGAAGCCAGUACUACCACAAAACUACGGGUGGUCUUCGAUGCUUCGUGUAAAACCUCAACAGGAGUAUCGUUGAAUGAUGGAUUGCUGGUGGGGCCAGUGAUCUAAGAAGACCUACGAUCGAUCAUCAUUCGGUGCCGCACGAAACAGAUCAUGCUCGUUGCCGAUGUGGAAAAGAUGUUCCGGCAAAUCAACGUCUGUCCAAAGGAUAAAUCCCUGCAAUUUAUUUUGUGGCGUUUUUCUCCCGACGAUGAGCCGGAGACCUACGAGUUGGGCACAGUAACGUACGGUACUAAGCCAGCACCAUUUCUCGCUACUCGUACUCUCAAGCAGUUAGCCAUGGAUGAAGGCAGUCGUUUUCCAUUAGCAGCAAGGGCGGUGUGCGAGGAUGUAUACAUGGACGACAUCAUCACCGGUACAGAUGAAGUAAUGUCAGCAAUCGAGCUGAGGAUUCAACUCGACAAUAUGAUGAAUUCCGGUGGCUUUCACCUCCGGAAGUGGGCGUCAAAUCAUCCGAUGGUUUUGGAGGGAAUCGCAGAAGAUGCCUUAGCGAUUCGAGACGUGGAGGGUAUCAACUUGGACCCAGAUCCGUCAGUGAAGACACUUGGCCCGACACUUUCAGGUUCCAGUUCAACAUUCCGAUACUGGACACCAGCACAGGACUUUCCAAGCGAAAAAUUCUAUCAGUCAUUGCCACGCUUUUCGAUCCUCUUGGUCUCUUGGGUGCUGUCAUAACCAGAGCCAAGAUUAUAAUGCAAUUAUUGUGGAUGUUAAAGGAUUAGAACGACGAAAAUUUGAACUGGGAUCACCCAGUCCCUUCGACGGUGGGUGAGACCUGGCGAUGUUAUCACCGACAACUACCGCUAUUGAACGAAAUACGCAUUGAACGCUGCGUGAUCAUACCCGAUGCGAUCCUCGUCGAGAUACAUUGUUUCUCAGAUGCGUCCGAGAAGGCAUAUGGAGCAUGUGUCUACAUAAAGAGCAUGGAUUCGAGUGGAACUAUUAGGGUCAGAUUACUGUCGUCCAAAUCAAGGAUAGCUCCGAUGAAAACCCAAUCCAUCCCGAGAUUAGAGCUUUGUGGGGCACUUCUUGCGGUUUUACUGUUCGAGAAGAUUCGUGAUUCGACGAGAGUAGCAGCGCAAACGUUUUUCUGGACGGAUUCGACGUGUGUCCUUCAUUGGAUAGCAGCUUCCCCAUCCACUUGGAAUGUUUUUGUCGCUAACAGGGUUUCGAAAAUCCAAACGAUAUCCGUUGGCUGUCAGUGGAGACACGUGUCAGGAGCUGAGAAUCCUGCGGACCUCAUUUCCAGGGGUAUAUCUCCUGAGGACAUCAUUGAGAACAUGGUUUGGUGGCAUGGACCAGCUUGGUUGGAGAAGGGUCCCGAUUAUUGGCCAACAUUUCCAGAGAAUUCUACGGUUGAAGAAGGUGAGGAAGAGAAGCGUUGUACAGUAGUAACCAACAUUGCUUCUGAAAUGGUGGAAUUCAACGAUUGGUAUUUUGGGAAGUUUGGAUCGUUCAUUGCAUUAAUCCGGUGUACAGCUUAUUGGCUGAGGUUGAUGAAACUACUUCGUGAACCAAGAAAUACUCGUAAGGACACGAGAUUUCUUUCCGCAAUCGAAUUGAAAGAGGCAGAAAGGCUGCUAAUUUCAAGGGUGCAACAGGAAUGUUUUCAUCUAGAAUGGAUUUCAUUGUCUAAAGGGGAAAUGGUUCCCCGAAAAUCUCCGCUUCGAUGGUUCAACCCAUAUAUAUAUAUCCGAGGACGGGUUGAUAAGAGUUGGAGGACGACUGAAGCAUUCAGCGGAAUCCGAAGAAACGAAGCACCCAGUUGUUUUGCCAGCUAGGCAUCAUUUUACGCAAAUCAUUAUAAGGUACUACCACGAGAAGCUGCUUCAUGCAGGACCGUAACUACUAUUAGGAGCUGUAAGACUCCGCUAUUGGCCAUUGGGCGGAAGGAAUCUCGCUCGCUACAUUGUGCAUCACUGCCAUCACGGUCACCGUAUCUCGUCCGUUCUCACGAACGGGCGUUGACUACUUUGGACCACUUUACCUAAGGGUAGCCCCACGACGACCAGCAGUGAAGGCCUAUGUAGCAAUCUUCGUUUGCAUGUGUACGAAGGCGGUACACUUAGAGCUUGUAAGUGACCUAUCUACCGACCGAUUUCUACAGGCAUUACGGAGAUUCAUUUCAAGAAGAGGAAUAUGCACGUAUAUUUAUUCUGACAAUGGCACUAAUUUCGUCGGAGCUCGAAAUAAACUACGAGAAUUCCUGAUUUUAUUGAAAAAUAGUAGUCUCCGUAGUCGAGUUUCGAAGGAAUGUGCCAAUCAAGGGAUUCGAUGGCAUUUUAAUCCCCCCAGUGCGCCCCACAUCGGAGGUUUGUGGGAAGCCGCCGUACGAUCUGCUAAAAUCCACCUGCUUAAGGUUCUAGGCGAAAGUGUUGCGACUCCCGAGGAUAUGAGCACUCUACUCGUCCAAAUAGAGGGGUGUCUCAAUUCAAGGCCAUUGACACAGAUGUCUGAGGAUCCAAACGACUUAGAGCCAUUGACGCCUGCCCACUUCUUGAUCGGAACUUCUCUGCAGGCGAUCCCGGAAGAAAAUAUAGAAGCAGUUCCCAGUAAUCGUUUGAACAAAUGGUAGUUGAUUCAAAAACGUCUACAGGAUUUCUGGAAGAGAUGGCGCAGAGACUAUUUGGCACAGCUGCAAGGGAGAAUGAAGCGAUGGAAACCACCUGUGUAUAUCGCAGUUGGCAAGCUGGUGAUCAUUCAGGAUGACAACCAGCCCCCUAUGCGUUGGAAAAUGGGGAGGAUUGUUGAGGUUCACCCGGGGGACGAUGGAGUUGUGCGAGUUGUGACGCUCAAAACUUCUUCAGGUAUAAUGAAGCGUCCGGUGGAAAAACUGUGCAUGUUACCAAUUGAGGAUCGUGAUAAUUAAACCCAUAGCUUCGAAUCCCAUUGCACCCCACUCCCUUUCCUGUCGAAGAGGUUUUUUAUUUCAGAAAUUUCGGAAAUUUCAGGGUGGGUGAGAAUGUUGGAGAGUUAUCAUCCACCCAACACUACAUCCCUGGAUUGAUGAAACCAUAACCGCUCAGAGAACAACAGAAAACAUAAGAGCUACAACGAUAUGGAAACAACAGCAAUACAACAACGAGAGUGCGCUCGAUCGAGAACGGCAGUGAGUGCCGUAAAUGUGUGUGGUGUUUUGUUUUGGUUUUCGUCAAGUGGAUAAAAAUAGGAAGAAAGCAGAGAUAGAUUGUAGAGUAGAAGAAUAGAUGUAUAGUACAGUAGAAUAGUCUGUUGAGUGUAGUUCGUCGAUAAUUCAAAUUUGAUUUUGCUGUAAAAUAAAUGUAAA